UUAUACUUUUGACCAUUUUUCAACCAUCUCCAACUUUACCAUCUGCUUCUGGCAUACUCAAUGAAGUCUUGGAUUUUCCUUUCCUCAGAAGAUGCCAACGCUGCCGCAGUUUCUUGAAUCUAAUUCCUUCUUUACUGAAAGGUUUUGUUUUCAGUCUCUUUCACUUUUACUGUUGAUGUCCUCCUGAAAAGCUGAAACGGUUGUGGGGACUUGUAUGGGCCUUGGUUGCAGCCCCCACAGCUAGCACCUCUGGGGACGGUGGAAGCUCUCCCACACUGUGGAGAGAGGUCAACGCUUGCUCUGCCCUCCUCACUCGUUCCUCAUUCCUUUCUCUUUCUCACAUUGCUGAAGGUUACUGGAUCAUGGAGGAUUUCCCCUAUCUGUAGAGACAGAUGGAAAGACAGAGAGGGACUGUGAGAGACUUUGUUUUAAGAGCUGACAUUUUUAUCUUUCAAGGACUUUCUACAGCAGUUCUAUUUAAGAAUCCGUCUCUGGAGUUUGGACAACAGAAGAGACAACCUCAAAAUGGAAUGCUAAUACAGCUAUUCAAGAAGGCUAUCUGGAGCACUGACUGAAGACCGCUGGUCUUGUUGAGACUUGCGUAGCCUACAGCACUUGGGACUCCUUUAUUUUCUGCUUCUCCCAAGCCUCUCCCCUUCUCAUGACCUACAGUUACCCCAGUAUCCUGGUGCAUCAGAAGGGCUUGCGUCCUUUCUUCCCCUCCACCUGGCUCUCCCUGCCCAAAUGGCAGCACACCUGUGAUCGGGGGGCUGGUCCGGGGACACCCACCUACCCACCCACCGCUCCCUGGGUCUUCCCAGGCAGUAGCAGCAUGUGGUGGCUACAGCCCUGGCAGGAGAGCCCUUCGGAGAGGAUGAGCUCCAUCUGAGCUCCACCUCGUCUCACAGCUGUUGUGGGUGUGUGGAGACUCUCUUUUUGUUGUCAGCCCAGCAAGUCAUACUGUAGCAGCCAGAAGCUUUGACCCACAAUGAACAAAGAUCACCGAUUUCCAAGGAAAGGGAGCCUGUUUGGCUAUGGCCAAAGCAGCCACGGUCGUAGACACUCCUGCUUAGGCUUUGAUGUGGAGAAUGGGCUGUCGGUGGGGCGCAGUCCCCUGGACCCCCAGGUCAGCCCCAUCUCUGGCCUGGUCCUACAGGCCAACUACCCCCACAGCCAGCGCCGCGAGUCCUUCCUCUAUCGCUCCGACUCAGAUUUCGACCUCUCGCCCAAAGCCAUGUCCCGCAACUCCUCCACGGCCAGUGAGCUACAUGGAGAAGACAUGAUUGUGACACCAUUUGCACAGGUGCUUGCCAGUCUCCGAACAGUCAGAAGCAAUUUUGCCUACAUAACUCAUCUGCAAGAUCGGCCCAACAGGCGGCCAUCAGGCAGCAACCCUCCCUCCAUACCUACCCACACCAAGUCAAGCAUAACAGACGAGCCCUACCAGAAGCUGGCCAUGGAGACGCUGGAGGAGCUAGACUGGUGUCUGGACCAGCUGGAGACCCUGCAGACCCGUCACUCAGUCAGUGAGAUGGCUUCCAACAAGUUCAAAAGGAUGUUGAACAGAGAGCUCACCCAGUUGUCAGAAACCAGCCGGUCAGGAAACCAAGUCUCAGAGUUUAUCGCCAACACUUUCCUAGAAAAGCAGCAUGAUGUGGAGAUUAUGUCUGGGCCUCCUAAGGAGAAAGACAAGAAGAAGAAGAGGCCCAUGUCCCAGAUCGUUGCAGUGAAGAAGCCUGCCCUCAGCCCCAGCCUCACCCCCACCCAGAUCCCCCGUUUCGGGGUCACCACCCUCCAGGAGGGCUUAUUGGCCACGGAAUUUGAGGAGAUCAACAGAUGGGGUCUAGAUAUUUUCAAGAUCGCUGAAUACUCGGGGAAUCGGCCUUUGACAGUGGUCAUGUACUCCAUUUUCCAGGAGCGAGAGCUGCUGAAAAACUUUAAGAUCCCAGCCGACACCUUCAUCACCUUCAUGAUGACCCUGGAGGACCACUACCACGCCGACGUGGCCUACCACAACAACAUCCACGCUGCCGACGUGGUCCAGUCCACCCACGUUCUCCUCUCCACCCCUGCCCUGGAGGCUGUCUUCACUGACCUGGAGAUCAUGGCUGCUCUGUUUAGCAGUGCUAUACACGAUGUUGAUCACCCCGGAGUGUCCAACCAGUUCCUCAUCAACACAAAUUCUGAGCUGGCUCUGAUGUACAACGACGCUUCUGUCCUGGAGAACCACCACCUGGCUGUGGGUUUCAAGCUGCUACAGGAGGACAACUGUGACAUCUUCCAGAGCCUCAGCAAGAAACAGGGGCAGUCCCUCAGGAAGAUGGUCAUCGACAUGGUGUUGGCCACUGACAUGUCCAAGCAUAUGAACUUCCUGGCUGACCUGAAGACCAUGGUGGAGACCAAGAAGGUGACCAGUCUUGGAGUGCUGCUGCUGGACAACUACUCAGACCGCAUCCAGGUCCUUCAGAACAUGGUUCACUGUGCUGACCUCAGUAACCCCACCAAGCCCCUGGAGGUCUACCGUAAGUGGACCGACCGCAUCAUGGUGGAGUUCUUCACCCAGGGGGACAGGGAGAGGGACAAGGGAAUUGAGAUCAGCCCUAUGUGUGACAAACAUAAUGCCUCCAUCGAGAAGACCCAGGUGGGAUUCAUAGACUACAUCGUCCACCCUCUGUGGGAGACGUGGGCUGACCUGGUCCACCCUGAUGCCCAGGACAUCCUGGAUACCCUGGAGGACAACCGGGAGUGGUACCAAAGUAUGAUCCAGCGCAGCCCCUCACCCACCCUUGAGGACAGGGAUCUUGACGGGGGGCCAGGAGCCCUGGAAGCUACACCGGGGGGAUGCUGCGCCUCCGCAGGGGACAAGUUCCAGUUUGAACUCACCCUGGAGGAGGAGGAGGAGGAGGAGGCGGAGGAGGAGGAGGGUGACUCAGACCUGGAGAGCCCCCCCGAGGAGGAGACGUCACAGGGGGGAGAGACCUCUAGGAAGACCCCGGCCCUGUCUCUAUCCCCAGAGUCUAGCAGCAGAUACCGGCCCCCCUCCCCCCACCCUGGCCGGGCCCUCAGUCUGGCCACCAUGUCGGUUAGGAGCCCCGACCUUCUCAGAACGUUGGGCCCCGGGGUGGGCGCGGACGACGUAGGCGAUAGGGACAGAGAACUGGGCCAGGAAGGCAGUAGUGUAGCUUACCUACGGCUUGGCACGUAACACAAACCUUGGCCCUCCCUUCAACUUAUUCCAUCCCUGCCUUGGUUUGUGGGUCCCAGCAGCAAUUGGACAUGCAGGGUGGGAUUUCUAUCAAGUCUGUAAUGACAACAGUUCCUUUACACUGGAGACACCUUAACACUUUUAAUAUUGUAGAACAAGAAGUAUCGUUUUAUUCUCUAUUUUCUUCUGUGUGCGAGAUAGGACUUUUUAGUCCUGCAUUCUGUAGUUGAUUCUGGGCGGAAAGUGUCUUAGACUGGAAGGUAGAGAACUGACCACAAGCUAACCAGUCUCACCAAUGUCUCCUGAUCGAAGCAAGGAAUUAUACUGAGAAAACAAUGUCUUCCUCAAAAUGAUGGAAUAUAGAUAUUCAAUGAAAUAUUGCAAGGAUUGUAAUCAUUUUACAGGGUCUUGGAACUUUUGCACCACACAUUUUGAAUUCAGUCAGCAUAAACUAGUAUAUUUUAUUUAGUUUGUCUCUGAGAAUUAUGUGAAUGUUUUACCAAAUCCAGUAUGUACCUGAAUAGUGAGAGAAUUGUAACUUAAACCUCAGGGUAUGACGAGAUAUAAAUAAUUUUAAUGUAGCAUGGACGUCUUGGGUAUCCCUUAACGGAGACUGCCUGUUUAGAGUUGUGUUACUGAUGACAAACAGCUCUUAGAACCUUACCGCUUCAAGUUAUGCAAAAAUACAUAUUUAUUUGUCUGACAACCUCUAUUGAUCUCAAUUGAAAAGUUGAUUAAUGAAUUUGAGAACUAAAGCAAUUUAAAUAUGAAAUAUGAAACGAACAGUACCAGUAAAUUGUAUUUCAAAAUCCCGAAGUACUAUGAUUGAUUGGGGUACCCAAUACAAGUUGUUUUAAAUCUAGACUAACACUGCUUACACUCAUGUUUGUAAAGUUGUAUGUUUCUAUGUGAUUAUGUUUUACGUUGUCACAUUUUCUAUUUGAUUUGAAAUGGUUCCGUUUUGUUAUAUAUAUUGGGUAUGUCCUCACCAUGGGUGUAUUCAUUUCACCGAUUCUGUUGCAAACCGGAAAACUGGUUUCUACUGGAAAGAUUCAGGUAGGUCUGUCCCCGUUUCGUUCCAUUUGCUCGGUUUGCUUUAGUAAACGAUUUCCGUUGCAAGACGUAACGAACACACCCCAGGUCUGUUUGUCUCUGAGCUUUGUAAGCAUCAUUAUCAGGGUGUCUCCAUCAUACAGUAGCACUUUACAAUUUUUGUUGUAGAGGAAGCCCAUUCAGUUCUAAAGAACUUGAGCCAAACCAUGAUUUUAGUGGACAGCCAUGGAAGGCUGUAGUUUCUGUCCAGAAACAACCCCUAGGCCUAACACCUAGAGCUGAGAGGAAUGGAUAGGUGUAAGCAAUAGGGAGAAAAUUCAACCUAGCAGAGAGUGAGGUGGAGACAUUGUCAUGUAGCUUAAAGGGGCAUGCAGUCAAAAACGUGAUAUCCUGUGUUUUAUAUAUACAUUUCAACACUGAGGUUGGAAUAAUACUGUGAAAUUGUGACAAUUAUGAUAAUGCACUUUAACAGCUAGUUCAGGUUACACAUCCCUCCCAUUAGGCUCCUCGGACCACUCUGACAGUCCUAGCUAAAUUCUUGCUGGAGAAAUGGUAUUUUGCUAAGCCAUUUGUUUCUUUUUGAGAAUUUUAAUUGAAAAUUAUCUUAAUUGUUACCCAGAAAUAAUUUGAUAUUGAGAUAAAAACGGCUGCAUUGAACCUUUUUAAACCUAUAAAAUCCUGUCAGAUCUCCAGAAGUGUGGAAGGGUUAGUGGUUGUUUCUGAACAGGGCCACGGUGUGGACUAAUUAGGGCUUAUUCAGUAGUGUGUGAUGCUUUGAAUGUUGCAGAUAGAAAUGUAAUGAACAGCGUUGAUAUUAUUCCCUGAAGUACACAACAGAAAACCAUGUCUGGUUUACACAAUACUGUACAUUCUGUAUUGACAUUGAAUACUUUUUUAUUUGCCUGAAUAAGCCCCUAAUGUCUUGUUUGAUUUGUUCUUGAAGGAAACUAGUUUAUAGGGAAAAUCUUUGGAAUUUGCGCAACAUUUGCCAACCUAAAGUCGUUAUGAAAUGUUGAACAAAGUUCUCUCUGAACUGUUGAUUGUAAUCAUGUCAAAGUUUGACUUUAAAAUGUGUUGAGUUUCAGUAAUUAUCAGUUAAAAUUAUGCUAUAAUUUUAAUGGAAAUUGUAAUACUUUGACUUUAUAUGUUGGAUGUAAUGCUUCGAUGUAGAGCUCUAUUCAAUCCGUAUCGCAGAAGUUCAGCGUUACAGCGUGAUUGGCAUUUAAAGGCAAUGUUCCUGUAUAACGGAGACUGCACAGUAAACGCUGCAUAUGUCGGCUCGAUCAGAAGUUACCAUCAUAUCGCGUAAUCUGUAACGCUUCAGCGAUACAGAUUGAACAGGGCCCUUAUGCUCUGCUCUUCACAGGGCUAUAGCUUUUACCUACAGUAUGUGAAUGUCAAUUGACCACAAACAUCAAUUUUCAAAGUUAAUUUCUAUUAUUGCGUUCGCUGAUUGCACCCUAAUUUUUAAGUUAAACCAAUACUGUACAACUUAACUAGCCCCUGCCAAAUAUAAGUACACUGAACAUUUUUUCCCCCCCAUAAGCUCAAAAGGCUUCUCAAAUGUUUUAUUUCUCCUUUGCCAAGAUAAUCCUGACAGGUGAGGCAUAUCAAGAAGCUGAUUAAAUGGCAGGAUCAUUUGUGCUGGGCACAAUAAAGGCCACUCUAAAAUGUGCAGUUUUCUCACAACGCAAUGUCACACAAGUUUAGAGUGAGCGUGCAAUUGGCAUGCUGACUGCAAUAACGUCCAACAGAGCUGUUGCCAGAUAAUUGAAUGUUAAUUUCUCUACUAUAAGCCGCCACCAACGUUAUUUUAGAGUAUUUGGCAGUAUGUCCAACGGGCCUCACAACCGUAGAACACGUGUAACUACGCCAGCCCAGGACCGCCACAUCCGGCUUCUACACCUGUAGGAUCGUCUCAGACCAGCUACGCGGACAGCUGAUGCCACUGGCACGCUGGAGAAGUGUGCUCUUCACAGAUAAAUCCCAGUUUCAACUUUAUCGGGGAGAUAGUGUUGUGUGGGUGAGCGAUUUGCAGAUGUCAACAUUGUGAACAAAGAGUUAUGGUAUUUGCAGGCAUAAGCUACAGACAACGAACAACAAUUGCAUUUUAUCGAUGGCAAUUUGAAUGCACAGAGAUACCGUGAUGAGAUCAUGAGGGCCAUUGUAGUGCCAUUAAUCCGCCGCCAUCACCUCAUGUUUCAGCAUGAUAAUGCAAGGAUCUGUACAUAAUUCCUAGAAGCUAAAAAUGUCCCAGUUCUUCCAUGGCCUGCACAGUCACCAGAAAUAUCAUACAUUGAGCAUAUUUGGGAUGCUUCGCACAGCUGAAACACAGCUGUAACUCAGUAAACUCUGAAAUUGUUGCGUUUUAUAUUUUUGUUCAGUGUAUAUAAAAAAGAUCACUGAAUUAUCCUUAAUGGAGGACAGUGAAAUCUGAAAAUAACAACAAAAUUCAACAGCUCCAGCAUGGUAAACUUGCCUGGGAACUAACACUGAAGUAUUUCCCGCUUACUCUUUUCCUGGUAAGGCCGGGGACAAAGUACACAAGUAUUCAUAAAUAACUAACAUAUUCUAUUCACUCAUGUUUGGUAAUAAUAAGCAACUAGCUCAAAUAAGAGCCUUAAAUUGUGACUGGAGAGGAGCUGAGCUGUAUCGUUGGUAAAGCGUACAUAAAUCAGUGUCAUUCAGUGUUAAAUGUGUUGUCUGAGAAGUUAGAAUGGUGACUCUUGGUCCCUUUAUUGCUUUGCUGAAACUGACAUGGUAUACCAUUACGGUUAUUGUUCUGUGUGUCUUUUUUAUCUUGGACAGUAGUAUAUUUUGUCUGUCAAAAUGUAAGUACGGUAAGAGAUCUUAAUUUUUCUGGAGCCAAAAAUAUUUUACAAAUUUGCUUAAUUUAAAAGUAAUUUUUAAAAACAUUUCUGGAGUUCAGUGAAAAUGCCAAUAAAUUAUGGAAACCUG